CCGCGGCCGGAGCUGUGGUUGCCGGAAGUUGAGCCGCGGAGGAAGUUUCCCUGAUGAUGGCUGAGCAAGGCAGUGAUCUAUGAGCACAGCAGGAUAUCAUUACGAGUUAUUUUAUCACUAUGACCGAUAAGAACAGUGGCAAUGGGGGACCCUGGACUGUCCAAGCUGCAGUUUGCCCCUUUUAAUAGUGCCCUGGAUGUUGGCUUCUGGCACGAACUGACCCAGAAGAAGUUGAAUGAGUACCGCCUGGACGAGAGUCCCAAGGACAUCAAGGGCUAUUACUACAAUGGUGACUCUGCUGGCCUGCCUACCCGCUUGACGUUGGAGUUCAGUGCUUUUGACAUGAGUGCCCCCACGCCUGCCCGUUGCUGCCCUGCCAUGGGAACUCUGUACAACACCAACACUCUCGAAGCUUUUAAGACUGCAGACAAGAAACUCCUUCUGGAACAGUCAGCAAACGAGAUCUGGGAAGCCAUAAAGUCAGGCGCUGCUCUCGAAAACCCCUUGCUCCUCAACAAGUUUCUGCUCUUGACCUUCGCGGACCUGAAGAAGUACCACUUCUACUACUGGUUUUGCUGUCCUGCCCUCUGCCUUCCUGAGAGCAUCCCUCUAAUCCAGGGGCCUGUGGGCUUGGAUCAAAGGCUUUCACCAAAACAGAUGCAGGCCCUCGAGCGUGCCUACGAUGACCUAUGUCAAGCUGAAGGAGUCACCGCCCUGCCAUACUUCUUAGUCAAGUACGAUGACCACACCGUGCAGGUCUCCUUGCUCAAACACUACAGUGAUUUCUUCCAAGGUCAAAGGACAAAGAUAACAGUUGGUGUGUACGAUCCCUGUAACCUAGCCCAGUACCCUGGAUGGCCUUUGAGGAAUUUUUUGGUCCUGGCAGCCCAUAGAUGGAACAGCAGUUUCCAGUCCGUUGAAGUCCUCUGCUUUCGAGACCGCACCAUGCAGGGGGCGAGAGAUGUGUCACACAGCAUCAUCUUUGAGGUGAAACUUCCAGAAAUGGCAUUUAGCCCAGAUUGUCCGAAAGCAGUUGGCUGGGAGAAGAACCAGAAAGGAGGCAUGGGACCAAGGAUGGUGAACCUCAGCGGAUGCAUGGACCCCAAAAGGCUGGCUGAGUCAUCCGUGGAUCUGAAUCUCAAGCUGAUGUGCUGGCGAUUGGUCCCCACCUUAGACUUGGACAAGGUCGUGUCCGUCAAGUGCCUGUUGCUGGGGGCCGGCACCUUGGGGUGUAACGUGGCAAGAACACUGAUGGGCUGGGGCGUCAGACAUGUCACAUUUGUGGACAAUGCCAAGAUCUCCUACUCCAACCCUGUGAGGCAGCCUCUGUAUGAAUUUGAAGAUUGUCUUGAGGGUGGCAAGCCCAAGGCCCUGGCUGCAGCAGAGCGGCUCCAGAAAAUAUUUCCCGGAGUGGAUGCCCGCGGGUUCAACAUGAGCAUCCCCAUGCCGGGACAUCCUGUGAAUUUCUCUGACGUCACGCUGGAGCAGGCCCGCAGAGAUGUGGAGCAGCUGGAGCAGCUCAUCGAGAGCCAUGAUGUCAUCUUCCUACUAAUGGACACCAGAGAGAGCCGGUGGCUUCCGGCUGUCAUUGCAGCCAGCAAGCGGAAGCUGGUCAUCAACGCUGCCUUGGGAUUUGACACCUUUGUUGUCAUGAGACACGGCUUGAAGAAACCCAAGCAGCAGGGAGCUGGGGACCUUUGCCCAAGCCACCUUGUGGCACCUGCUGACCUGGGCUCCUCACUUUUUGCUAACAUCCCUGGAUACAAGCUUGGCUGCUAUUUCUGCAAUGACGUGGUAGCUCCGGGAGAUUCAACCAGAGACCGGACACUGGACCAGCAAUGCACAGUGAGCCGCCCAGGCCUGGCCGUGAUUGCAGGUGCCCUGGCUGUGGAGCUGAUGGUUUCUGUCCUGCAGCAUCCUGAGGGGGGCUAUGCCAUCGCCAGCAGCAGUGAUGACCGCAUGAAUGAACCUCCCACCUCUCUGGGGCUUGUGCCUCACCAGAUCCGGGGAUUUCUGUCACGGUUCGAUAAUGUCCUUCCUGUCAGCUUGGCAUUUGACAAAUGUACAGCCUGUUCACCCAAAGUUCUUGAUCAAUAUGAGCGGGAAGGAUUUGCCUUCCUAGCGAAGGUGUUUAACUCCUCACAUUCCUUCUUAGAAGACUUGACUGGUCUUACUCUGCUCCACCAAGAGACCCAAGCUGCCGAGCUACCAGAAAAGUCUUUCCCUGCCUGACUUGCCAGAACUCGGCAACAAACACCAGCCUCUUCACAUUACUCUGGAGCCAGGUCCUCACCAGACGGUCAGCAGCAUCACACUGCACUGCGAGUCAUUGUCUCACAGCAGUGUCUGGCGCUGAGCAUCACCGCAGAGGAGCACUGAGACCCGAGCACCCGGGAAAAGGUCGGCUCCUUCGAACUGAAGCCCACGAUGUGUGUGCUGGGUGAAACAAGAACGGAUCGCCCCAGGUCUGUGGUCCUCAGCACCUGUGUCCCAUAGGAAGGCGAGGUCUUGGGCUCAGUUCCCAGCACCCACAUGAUGGCUCACAGCUGCUUGUAACUUCAGCUCCAGAGACUGCACCCUCUUCUGGCCUCUGUGGGCACUACACCCAUGUAAUGCACAUACAGAUAUGCAAGCAAAACACCCAUACAUAUAAAAUAAAAAUUACACUCUAAAAGGAAAGGUAGGUCACGCGUAAACAUUCUUUUCAAUUAGCGCUACCUGUGACCCCCUCUGCAGGAGACAACCUGCAUUCCACACAUGUGUGAUCCACAUGGCUGCACACCCACAUCCUGCACAGGGGUGCCAGCACCCUGCAGCUGGUGGUG